AUGUCAUUUGAAGGCAAAACAGUCCUGGUUGUAGGUGCAGAGUUUGCCAUUGGAACACUGGCUGCUGAAUAUUUUGGAAAAGAAAAGGCCAAAUUAGCUCUGGUCAGUUCAAAUAGCCAAAACAAAUUUGACAAUGUGCUGGAAAAUAUAGAAGAAAGUGGUGUGAAAACGGAUGUAUUUGUUAUAAUAGGCGAUGUUACUAAGGAUUCCAAAUGUAUCAUUGAUAAAACUAUCGAUAAGUUUGGUCGAUUAGAUAUUCUCUUUAUUAGUGCUAGUUUCAUAAGGCCCGCUUCAAUUGAAAACUUUAAUAUACGAGAUUUCGAUGCAAUGAUGACACAAAAUGUUCGUAGUUCUUUUGAACUAACCCAUUUUGCUGUUCCGCAUUUGAUUGAAUCCAAAGGGAAUAUAAUCAUUGACAGUUCGACCGCUUUGGGCUUGAUACCAGUUGAAAAUUGGAUAUUUUGUUGCAUUUCAAAAGCGGCUUUGCAACAGUUUACCAAAUGCGCAGCAAUUGAACUGAAAGAUCACGGUGUCCGUAUGAAUUGUAUCAGCGCACAAAAUAUUGAUGUCGAUUUUCAUAGUUUUAUCGACAUAGACCGAGACAAGGAAGAAGUAGAUUAUGAGAAUUUUUUGGAACAAAAUGAUAUCAAAGGCCCAAUGAAUGAACGCAACGGACAAAAAAUCGAUUGUGUAUCAGCGAUCGCGUUUUUGGCCAAUGAUAAUGAAACGUUUUUCAUAACAGGUCUUGUUGUCCCUGUUUACAGUAACGCUGAUUGUGGUGCGAUAUCUGCAAAGAUCCUUUGA